UUCUUUCUUUUCUUUUUUUUUUUUUAACAUGUGCAUGAGUUUACUUUUGCUCACAAUCUGUCUUUAAGUCGGAGAUCUUUUUUUUUUCUCCUCUAGCAGUCCCAAGAAGCUCGAAAUGACUCAAAUAAAAGGAGGGGAGUUUGCAAUAGUUUGGCGUACAAGUCAUUUCUACUCAUGGAUUAUUAAAUGCACUGAAGUUAGUAUUGCUUCUGAUUUCAAAAAAAAAAGAAAAGAAAAGAAGAAGAAGAAGAAGAAGACGUGAAUUAUAAUUACUUAGGAGAUUUAAUGUAAUCUAUUUAUACAGAAAGAAAUAAGCCGACAAUGCCGCGCGGGUUUUUUUUCCCCCCGCACCAUAACGCUCGUCUUGCAAGUAAAGUCGAACAUGAAGAUUAAAAAAAACAAGCCAAGUCGUUGUUGGUGUGCUGCUUGAGCAUGCUGAAUUAUUUAGCUGUGUUGUGGAAAACCCAGGCGAGCACCUGUUUGUUGUUGUUUUGCUCGCUGUUGCACGCGCACGAGCGCUGGAUCAAAGCAGUCGGGAUUCACGAAUCAACUCCAAACAACUGGAGCUUUUUUUUUUUCCUUCCUAAGACUCCGAGACAGCGUUUAUUCAUUCAUAAAAACAACUCCAAUAUAUACCUAAAACACACACACACACAUAACACACACAUACGAGACAAAAUAUCCACCGUGAUGUAGAACUUAUUGAUCUCGUGCUAUCUAUCCAUGGUUUGUUCGGGCUAGUUUUUGGAUGCUGAAUAUUUUUCUGCUCAAGCUUAAGCCACUAGGAGGAGCUCCUCUUUCCACAAAACUUUAUUUGUGGAUUUUUUUUUUUUUUUAAUGUGUCUAUGUGUGUGUUUGGCUUUUUGACUGCCAGUCAACUGAGCGGUAAUCCAAUCGUUUGUGAUGCCGAGGACACGCGUUUCCGUUUGACGCUCUCUCUCUCUCUCACACGCACACACACACACACUCAUACACACACGCACACACACACAUACAGACACGGCUCUCCUAAUGUUUACAGCAGCUCGGAACAGUCGGCAGUGUGGAGUCAGCUGUACACUACAUUACCCACGGCAAUACCGGGCUGAUGGCGCAGCCUUCUUAAAGGAGCAGGGGCAAUGCGGAGAGAGCGCCUCCCGGGCCGAGCCGUGUGAGAGCCCUCAGCCUCAGCCUCUGCCUCAGCCGAGCGAGCUGGAAGUGUUAUUUAGGGGAGGGAUCGCGGCGGUGCCCAAUAGCCGCGUGGCUUACCAGUCCAGGUCGCCUGUGUUCCGAACCCUCUCCAGGUCGUCGAGUGGAUAUUUUUCGUUCGACAGUGAGCCGAGCUCUCCACUAAUCACCCAUAGCACGGCCACUCAGACCCCGAGUCCGUCUAGUCAAGUGAUAACUCACGCCCUGCAGCGCAUUUCCGAAGCGCGAGGCGACGCGCGCGCUCACGAAUUAUGGCCUGCUCUCCAUAACCACUAUCCACCCCACGGAGCGGCAUCUGCGGGGGACAUGCAACCGGAGUCGUACGUUGCGCAAGAGUUGCGGCGCAUCGGCGAUGAAUUUAAUCAGCUUUAUUUUCAUGAGGCAGAAAGAAAUGGUGGCGCAGCCCCUCAGCAGGCCCAGAACGAGCCCGCCAUCAUGUUGUGGGUGGGGCUCCUGAUUGGACGGCUAUUACAGUUCCUCCUGAGACAAAGAUGAUGGACACACAGAACACCCAGCAGACAAGUAGCACCUGAAUGUAGAUAUGUAAAUACACAACAUCAGAAACUGUGCUUGCUCUCUCUCUCUCUCUCUCUCUCUCUCUCUCUCUCUCUCUGCCUCUAUCUCACUAUGAGAGUAUCUGUUCCUCUUUCAACUGCACGCUGACGUUGACAUUCCCUGUCCGGAGAGGAAUUUGGAUCUGGAUGCCUGGAAUUGGGUGGGAAAUUCUGGGAUGUAACCUGGAGUCAUAGACAGCUAUGUUUCCUGCAUAAAUAUGGAAAGCUGAGCCAUUAAAACACUGGGUCAAGAAGGCCUCUGUCUGUCUCUGGAGUUUUUCCGUUUUUCGCCAAGCGAAGACGUGUUGAAAACGUGCCUUCGUGGCCUCAGUGCUCUAAUCUUUCCCUUUCAGUGCCUGUUUGCUGUUUUUUUUUUUUUUUUUGGUUAUUUUAAUUUUAACUAUGUAUUCCUUUAAUAACUUGCCUGUGUUCUGUAUUUAUUUGCCACUGUUGUAUUUAAGUUGUGUUUUGUAUUGUUUUUAAUGGAAGUGGAUUAGUUAGCGGUAAUGUUGCAGUUCUGCCUGCCCUUCUUUAUUAACUCAAAAUUUGCACUUCUGUUCGAAUAGUCUACACAUAAUAGUUACACAGAAUUAUUUGAUUAAUCAUGUAUUGCCUGAAGAUCUUGGUGGAAACAAGGAAAUCUCCAACCGGUUGUGAACAGCGUAUGAGAGCUACAGAAACACACCAGGCCAGACAUUCAGCGACUUGUUAAUUUCGCCUUUUGGCUUUUCAGAAACCUGAGGGACAGCCAACCCGUAGUACACGUGCGAUUUUCACACUGUUAUUUGCCAGAGAAACGUCAGCCUUGGCUUCAUGCCCUUUCAUGUUUUGAGGCCAAGUGAUUUAAUACUGACGAAAUACAACACAAACCCUCACAAGGCCGUCUUUUUUUGCUUUUGUGAAAAUGAAUGAAAGUGAGCGACUGGAAUUUCUAAGGACAGACGAGACACACCGGUUUCCACGUUAAAGUGAUUUGGAUGAAAUUUUAUUUUUAACAGAUGAUUUUAAUUGUUUUAAAUUUGGCCCAUGGUGUAAUUUCAUGAGUGAAAGGUUUAAUAAUACACGUGCGGUUGGUCAGCUGUGGUUGUAUUGGGCAUUUCAUCGUGGGUGGUGGUGUCCACUUUUAAUUGCGUGUGUGAGAUUAAAGCUAUUCAGGGGAUUUUCAAGUGAGGUUUUGUUUCUUGCUGACUUUUGACCAAGAACAGCCUUAAUCGCCGAGUCUGGAUUCAAGAAAAGUGAUGUAAUGGUGUUAUAAAAAUAGCUUCAGUGACUCAGGGGAUUUAUACCUGUGGAGUUUUAAACAAAAUGGGCUUUCUUCAUGAUCCAGUCCAUGGCUCUACCCUAACCUUUUUUAUGCAUUGCCAUUUUCCCAGUAUUGCAUUUAGCAUUCCAAAAGAUGGGUCAUAUUCUACACUUACAUUCUUGGCACUUAACAACUAAUAUGUUAACUGUGUUAGAUAUGUUAACUGAUGACAAAUGACACCCAGAGGAAUUGGCAGAUAUUAAAGACACCCACAAUCCACUUGUUAAAAUGCAAUUAUGGGCAUCGUUUCUGUCACAUUUUCAUCAUUUCUUUCAUUCAAAAUUGAAUUUCUUGUCAAAAUGACAACAAGCUUUUUUUUUUUAGCUUGCCUUGAUCGUUUCAGGUUUACCACUCAAACCAAAGAACGUGUUUCAACGUACUGUAUGUAAAUGUUGACAUUUGCAUUGUGUUCUUCAAUAUUUAUGCAUUACGUAUGCACAAUCAUAUGAAGAUUGGUAUAGAAUCAAACUCCCGGUAUUGGAAAUGUCAUAGAUUUCAUGCCCUUUUUUUCCCCCAGGACAAACGUUUUCACAGAAGAUAAACUUCAAGCCGAUCUGCAUUCCAGUUCACUGGAUUUUUUUCAUAGAUUCAGUCGCAUUACCUGCAAAUUAACUGAUCCACCUCGCAGACCCAGUACGUUUGUAGCAAAACAUUUUUCUUUGGUUCUUUUUUUUUUUUUUUUUUUUUUGACAUUUUGUUGUUGCACUGAAACCUUGCUGUGCUGAACUUGUGCAAUACUGCUGUAAAUAAAAGCUUCUUUUUCAUCUUUCUAAAAA